AUGCCUUCUCCAUACUCACGAGCUCAAACAACCUUCCUUCCCCACCUCUCCGAGAUCAUCCAAGUCUACCCAGAGGGGGAACGAUGGUGCGCAGGAUACGCUCCAUCACAGGACAUCAACGACCUGCUCGAGGCUUUGGCUCCUUACACUCUGUGCACACGGUGGCACAAGAAUCAGGCCCCCGAACUUGCCUCAAAGUGGAAGAGGAAGGUUCAACGAUUCUUGGGCUCCUGUGUGUCUCCUGCGCCUACUCAGCGAACUGCUGGAGAGCGACAACGGACUAGCCCUGCGGCAGGAUCCCGGCGAAUUGUAGAGGUGGAAUGCUCCAAUCUGGAGAACUGGGCUCUAGUUCGUAUUGAGGGGCGUGGAAAUCUACAGACUGUUAGAGCGGCACCAACACCGUCGCAAGGAACUCGCGUCAAUGGACGCGCCACUCAAACCACAAACUCCACCGAUAGACGACGCGAGCUCUCUGUGAGUGGUGCUGCAGUUCCAACAGAAGAAAGAACGAAUAGAACAAGAGCAGUAGCCUACAACUCCCAAGCAGGCCUCCAGGUUGCCUCUGUUGCGGCAUCGAACUGUGGACUGUCGAAUAUACCAACAGCGACUAUUCGCGCGACCUCUAAUCGUGCUCUCCUUGGCAGUGGCUCGAGAGCUGCUCUGUCCUCUACGACAUCCUCAUGUUCUGGCGAUUCUACUCGCCGACCUAUUGAAGGAGACUGUAGCAUCUGCUAUGAGUCCCUGAAAAAGGCUCGCUCUGGAGCUAGGCAUGACGCUCACCAUGAUACGGAAGACGAGGAAGAACAGCAGGAAAUAUCCUGGUGCAAAGCCCAAUGUGGAGUCAACUACCACGCGACCUGCAUUGAAUCGUGGCUGAAGGUCUCCCCUAAGUCUACGUGCCCGAUGUGUCGGAGAGUAUGGAAGGCUUAG